UCCACUGUCAGAGCUCGCCUCGUAAAGAUCUUUCCGUAGUUUCUACGCCGCCGCGUUUGGUCCAUCGACUUUGUUAGAUCAGCCGUUCGCGUACCUCGUGAGAGGUCACCGUCGCCCUAAACUUGUGUCCGUGAUCAAUGUUCAGUACCUAACUGUGACCCAGAGAAAAUCACCCCGCAAAGUGCGCCCCGUGUGAGAAGCGUCGAAUCUCGUCGUCUCGACUUCAACCCCCGCAGCGUCAACGGGACAUGUCGAAGGGGACAUCGAGCUAGGAAGUUCUGUGCUGCGCAGCGAUAAUCGGGCAUCGAGAAUGACCGUACUAAGAAUGACUUCCCCGGGAACACCCCCUACCACAACACCCGGGUCACCAAACCGGGCGGAGGCUCCUCAGGCCUCAACUCGGCCCGUUCACCAGCUGAGCUUUUCCGUCGCUGCGUUACUCGCCGACACCAAAAAGCCCACGGACUACUCGACCCGAGUCAGCAGCGCGUCCUCCGGCUCCCCCAGGUCCUCACCAAUCACCUCGUGCUCCCCGGUCCACCAGCAAAUCCUCAGGACGCCGCCCCCACUUCCGACCAAUCUGUCUAAGCACCCAGCCGCAGAUCCAAGGAUGACGCUAUUCAUGCGGUUGGACUCGCCGAAGGAUGCCUCGGACCUCAGGACCGCGUCAAAGUUCCCCGAAGCUCAGGAGAUGUCCGGGUCACCGGGGCGCCAUGGCGUCGAAUUCCGGCUCUCCGGCUCGCCGGCGUUCUCCAGUAGCGACCAGCGCACCUCCGAAAUCGGGAAUUCGAUGUCCCCGAAGCACCCGGCGGACCUCAGAAUCACCGACAGCUACGUGGAGAGCUCACCCUGCAGAAGCUCCCCGUGCUCGGAGGGCGACGCCGAGCUGGACAUGGAGGACGAGGACGAGGGCAGCCUCGUCGACGUCGAGGAACUCCAGCAGGCGUCCAGCCCAACCCCGGUCAGACCCACCCCCGCCUAUCUUGGCGGUUUUCCGUCGCUAGGAGCAAUUUCCGGCAUGCCGCCGAGCCUUCAUUCCGCCGUUUGGGGCGGCCACCAAUCAGCUGCAGCAGCCGCGAGCUUCUUUCCGGCGCACUUUUCUCACCACGCUCCUUUGAACGAAAACGGAGAGCCGGCUAAGAUCAAGUGCAACCUGAGAAAACACAAGCCGAACAGAAAGCCUCGCACGCCGUUCACCACCCAGCAGCUACUCUCCUUGGAGAAGAAGUUUCGGGAGAAGCAGUACCUCAGCAUCGCCGAGAGGGCCGAGUUCUCCUCGUCUCUUCACCUCACCGAGACCCAGGUCAAGAUCUGGUUCCAAAACCGGCGCGCCAAGGCGAAGCGUCUCCAGGAAGCCGAGAUAGAAAAGCUCCGGAUGUCGGCGGUGAGGCAACACCACAGUGCCCUCUACGGUGGUCACCCGGGUCUUCUGCCACCCGGGAGUCUCUUUCCUGUGGGAAUGUUACCGCCAUCUUUGUGCGGUCCUCCGCACCACGGUAUGCACCAGGUACCGCCGCCACACCAUUCGAUGUCCCAGCAUCAGCACAGGGAAUGAAUCCUGCAGCAGUGACGUCGCCUCGCGGUAGAAUUUCAGGACCGAGAUGUCCUUCCGGUUUUCCUUUGCUUUUUCACUGCCGACAUGGCAGUACGGGGAUCAGGAGAAACGCGGGAGUUCUGAACGGAGUUUAGAGGGACUCUCCGCUUUCUCUUUUAAAAUAUGUUCUCUCGCCUCUGGGGUUGAACUUCUUGGAUGAAUUGCCUCGUUACGUGAUCUUGAUCCACGGGUGGAUCUGCGUUAGAAAAUAUACAUUCACGGCUCGUACGUGGAGAUGCGUGUAAGAAACAAGCCGAGGAAUUACUACCGACGAAGAUCAGCCUCACGUGAAUCUUUCCGGUGCGAUAGAAACUACCGAUGUUAAAACAGCUUUGUGUCUCCGAUUAAGGACAGAUUGUUUCUGCUCCUACAAAACGUCCGGAUUAUAUACGAUUCUAGGCCUGAGAUCAAGUGGAAAGUCCAACGGGUUGGUUCAACCUUGUAAAAAGUGUAAAUCAAGACUUAUUUAAUGAUAAUAAUCGUUGUAAAUAUAGAUCGUUUCAAUCUUACACAUGUAUACGUCAGUACGCGAGUAUGAGUUAUUAUAUAACGAGACUAAAAUUGUACAUAAAUUGGUGCCAAAUUAUUUUCUCUUGUACAUACAUAUUAUAGUAUACUAUACACACUAUUAUAUAUUAUCACACACAAAUGAUUCACGUAUGAAAGAAAUAUAGUUUGAUUUUGCUUCCCUUUAUUUUGUUAUUCUAUUUUAUUAUU